AUGUCAAACAGCCUCAUUCAAAGAGUGUUCUUCGUUAGUGCAGCAACUUAUCAGAAAGCUUUUGAGGGAAAGGAGCUUAGCUUUGCAGACGGCGCACACAAACAGCAAAAGCUUUGCUUGUGUAACUCACGCACGUCACCGGUGAGAAGAUCUGUAGCUUGGCGUUACACUCCUGCGGAUUCCAGGCGGAAACGCAUAGGCCCACGUAAUGGGCGUGCUCUGCGAGCAACUCUCUUAGGUGCUCCUGUGAUUGCGACUGUGCUGAACGAGGCCACUCCAGCGGCGUUGCGCACUCUCGUAUGGCUGGACUUCGAGCUAGCCGUGCCGCUUUUCGUUGUGGCGCCUCUGGGGAUCUUUUUCGGCAGCUUCACGCAAGAUGACGCGCAUGAAGCGCUCCGUCGACUUAUGGUUGGCUACUGGCAAGCGAGCUCUAUGCUCAUGCUGACUGUUUUCUUUAACAUCGCGCAACAGCCAAUAGGCUUUUUGACGGCGCUUGUCGCGCAAGUAAUGAUCCCAAUCUCAUUAUUUUGGUGGCGUGAUCUCGAAGAAGAAAUUAGAGUCUCCGCAACCCAGGGACGCUCUUUAGAGCGCCUCUUUUUGUUAUGGAGGCCCUUGGCAACAAUUUUAGCGCUCGCGGGUGCUGUCACGCAACUAAGCACAUUGCGAUGCCUUACCAUCGCGCCGAAUGAACUACUGAGCGACCCGCAAUGUGCAGCCUGGCUUGAACCACCCUUUGACUUUUAUAAUGUUCAUGUUGGAAUGCUACUCCAAGGAGCGCUAACGCGGGAUUCUUUCGGCGCUAUAGCCUAUGCAGGUCUAGCAGUCUACGUCGGGUACACGGUGUACAUGAUCACAAGAGUGUUGCCGCGGGUUGGGCGUCGAGGACGUGCUUCGAGGAAAGGACUAUUUACGAGCGUUGGUUUGCUUUCUUCGUUGGGCUGGAUUCGCGAUAAAGAAGAAUUGGCAUGA